CCCGGAUUCCCGCCGCCCCAACUAGAGCCAGGCCCCCCAGAGCCGGCCUUGGAGAGCGUGUGAAGGCGGGCUACCCCUCGCCCCGGCCAGCCGGCCCUGGGCCCCUGCGUUCCGGAGCCCUCGCGGCCACCAUGAUGCAGAUCUGUGACACCUACAACCAGAAACACUCGCUCUUUAACGCCAUGAACCGCUUCAUCGGCGCCGUGAACAACAUGGAUCAGACGGUAAUGGUGCCCAGCCUCCUGCGCGACGUGCCUCUGGCCGAGCCCGGGUUGGACAACGACGUCGGGGUAGAGGUGGGUGGCAACAGCGGCUGCCUGGAGGAACACUCGCCUCCAGCCCCCGGCCCGGGCAGCGCCAACGGCAGCUUCUUCGCGCCUUCACGGGACAUGUACAGCCACUAUGUGCUGCUCAAGUCCAUCCGCAACGAUAUCGAGUGUGGGGUCCUGCACCAGCCGCCCGCAGCGGCGGGGAGCGAGGAGGGCAACGCCUGGAAGUCCAAGGACAUCCUGGUAGACCUGAGCCACCUGGAGGGCGCGGACGGGGGCGAGGAGGACCUGGAGCGGCAGUUCCACUACCACCUGCGAGGGCUGCACACCGUGCUCUCCAAACUCACACGCAAAGCCAACAUCCUCACCAAUAGAUACAAGCAGGAGAUUGGCUUUGGCAACUGGGGCCACUGAGGCGGGGCACCCGCGGCUGCCCAGGCCCUCCUCGGUCCUGUCUCUCACCCUCUCUCUUUCAU